AACCCGCUCCAACUGGCCUUUGUGUGUCUUCGGAGGAUCUUUGCAUUAACCCGGAGAGGUUUCCCUCCCCCGGGGGCUGGUUCAGGGGUCCCUCAGUGUCUCCGCUCUCCGGUGGGGAGCAGUUGCAGCGGCUUUGCCCCGCCGCGCCGCGGUUUCCGGUGUCCGUCCGUCUGCAGAAGGAUGGCGUCCGGCUUCACCCGCAUCCCCUCCACCGCCGGUCCUCCUCCGAAUCCCGAAAACACCGACCACCGUCGAGCCCGAAGCGAAGACGACAGCGGAAAGCAUCCGUGAGCGGCUCCAGUUUUUCUCCUUAUCUGACCAAUCACAGGACGUGUAAGAGACGGACAUCGCUGAGCUCCUGCCUCAGGGCUGGUCGGAAUUUCUACACCAGCACUAUCUUCCUCUUAUUUGGGGGCUUUGGUGCCUCCCUCUGCUGAGCACUGAGUCUUUGCGUGUGAAGUGGCAGGAUGACGGAGGCGUGGCAGCAGCAGCAGCAUGCAGUCGCUCCACCUUCUGUUGUGCACACACUCCCUCAGGGGACUGACAACCCUCUGGGAUGUGCUGUGUAUGGAGUAGUCCUGCAGCCGGACACCUCUCUGCAGCAGCCCCAACACGGUCAGCAGCAUGCGGUGCAGGGUCAGCAGGCCAACCUGCAGGUCGGGGCCGAACGAGGGCAUAAGUGUGGCGCCUGCGGCCACGACAUCUCUCACCUGGCCAAUCCCCACGAGCAUCAAUGCAUGGUGAGCCAAGACCGGUCGUUUCAGUGCACGCAGUGCAUGAAGAUCUUCAGCCAGGCGACCGAUCUACUGGAACACCAGUGUGUGCAGGUGGAGCAGAAGCCGUUUGUGUGUGGCGUUUGCAAGAUGGGCUUCUCUCUGCUCACCUCGCUAGCUCAGCAUCACAACUCGCACGGCAAUGGAAACAACCCAAUGAAGUGCUCCAUCUGUGAGAAAACCUACAGGCCCGGGUCUGGAAAUGCAACCCCAACCUCAUCAGCUGCCAACCCCCAGCAGCCCUCCAACGGGGAGACAUCCGGUGGUGCAGCGAUCAGUGCCUCGUCUCCCCCCGCGUUUGAAGCUUCUGCACCGGAUCGGCCAUACAAGUGCUCGGUGUGCCAUAAAUCCUUUCGGCAUUUGUCGGAGCUGACGCGCCACGAGAGGAUACACACUGGUGAGAAGCCAUACAAAUGUGACACGUGUGAUAAAAGCUUCAGCCAGUCCUCACAUCUGGCACACCACCAGCGCACUCACAGCUCCGAGCGGCCGUACAAAUGUGCUGUGUGCGAGAAGAGUUUUAAGCACCGCUCCCACCUUGUGCGGCACAUGUACGCUCACUCAGGCGAGCACCUUUUCAAGUGCAAUUUGUGUGAGAUGCACUUUAAAGAGUCGUCUGAGCUCCUGCACCAUCAGUGCCAGCCUGAAGGUGAAAGACCUUUCCGCUGUGGCUCAUGCGGGAAGAGCUUCAAGCGGCCUUCUGACUUGCGGCAACAUGAACGCACUCAUUCCGAGGAGCGACCUUUCCAGUGCGAGGAGUGUCAGAUGAGUUUCAAACAGCAGUACGCACUUGUUCGCCACCGCCGCACUCACAAAAACCCAGCCGAUCGCCCUUUCAAAUGCAACCUGUGCGACAAGGGCUUCCUUCAGCCGUCCCACCUGCUCUACCACCAGCAGGUCCACGGGAUGGAGAGUCUCUUCAAGUGCGCAUCCUGCCAGAAAUCUUUCAGUCAGUCGGGCGAACUCCUGCGGCACAAAUGUGGCGGCGAAGUGGAAAAGCCAUACAAGUGCGACGUGUGCGGCAAAGGUUACAAAAAGAAUUCAACGCUGCAGCGCCAUCAAAACUCGCACUGCACGGAGAAGCCGCUCAAGUGCUCCCUUUGCGACAAGCGCUUCGUGUCGUCCUCCGAAUUCGUGCAGCACCGCUGCGACCCCACCCGGGAGAAGCCGCUAAAGUGCCCCGACUGCGAGAAGCGCUUCAGGUACUCGUCCGAGCUGCAGCGCCACCGCCGCGUCCACACGGGGGAGAAGCCUUUUAAGUGCGCGAGCUGUGACAAGAGCUUCAAGCAGCGCGAGCAUCUGGCCAAGCAUCAGAGCGUCCACUCGCGGGAGACGCAGUUCAAGUGCGUGUGGUGCGGCGAGCGUUUUGUGGACCUCACGGCGCUGCAGGAGCACACGGUCCAACACACCGCCGAGGGCGAGAGCUUCCCCGAAGCGCCCUGCAUCCCAUGAACCGAGCUGCUGCUCCUCGACACCGGGCAGCAGAUAUGAAACAAGCCCAUGAUGUGUGCCAGCCCCUGCUCACCCAGCUGUAGUUUUUAAUCCAUUUAUGAUGAAUUUUUUAGUCAUGUUAAGACUGAACUCAUCCUCAUGAUUUGUUGACUUAAAGGCAGGCUCACAGUGGGGAUUAGGACCCCUCUUGUUACUCUGGGACACACGUGGUGAAGAAGAAACUUGCUCUAAGCGAUAAAAGAUGUGUAAAAACGUGGAAAGAUCUUGAUUUUGUUUUAGUAUUCGAGUGUGGGACCUUACUCUGUGGUUGCAUGUGAUUGUCUGUUGUAUAACCCGUUGUUGAGAAAGUUGGCAAGAACGUCCAAACAGCUGUUGUCCACUUAUGUGCGCGUGGUCAUGUGUAUGCUCCUCUGCUCCAUGUGCCUUUUUUUUUUUUUUUUUUUUAAUUAUUUUAUUUACUGGUCACUCAUUCUUAUGUUUAAUUUUGUGUCUCAGUAUAGCCGAAAGGCCACCUCGUCCCCUCCAAACAGCUGGCUUGUGCAACAGUAUCUUUUCACAUAGUAGAUCUUAGAUAGAAUCAUCUGUUUGUGCAUGAAUAUUUAUCACACUUUAAUAUCACUGUUGUAUUAUAGGUUUGGUUUAUUUAGGGAGACAUCCUAAGCAGAUGAGAU